AUGCGAAUGCUUGUCAACGGCGCGUGCAAAACCUGUGUGCCGAUGUGCGUUGGGCGGGCGCCUCAAGGACGUUUGCCAACGUCGUUGCCCUGCAGCUCAAGUCCCCCCGUAGCACGACAAGCCAGCUCGUCUCGUCUCGUCUCUCUCUCUCUCUCUCUCUCUCUCUCUCUCUCUCUCUCUCUCUCUCUCUCUCUCUCUCUCUCUCUCUCUCUCUCUUGUUCUUCGGUCAAGAUUCGCGAAAGGGCAUUGCGUAACACGUGCCACACCAUGAGCAGGACUUUACCACACGUGCUUGUCACCUUAAAAGCUGAGCCCGUUUUGCAUUUGCAGAUCAACAACACCGGUCAGACGCUCUGGCAGCAGCAGCAGCAGCAGCAAAGUACUCCUAGACCGUCAAACAUGGGUCUCCUUGAUACCGGCAGCCACCGCCCGGGUCGGCCCAACGGCGAGCAGGCCGAGGCCAUGCGUCGAAAGAGCUCUAUGUCAUAUGCCAUUGAUCUAUCUGCCAGCUCAGCCUCCCGCCUCACCUCCACCCGCCCCACUACCCUGCGCUUCCAAAACAUCCGCUGGACCGUCAAAACCUCAAGUGGUGAUAAGGAACUCCUCCAUGGCAUCACCGGUGAAGUCAAGCCGGGCGAAGUCCUUGCCAUCAUGGGUCCGUCCGGAGCUGGUAAAACGUCACUCAUCCAAAUGCUCUGCGGACGCGAACGCCACGAUGAACUCCCCGAUUCAGGCAUCACCCUCAACGGCCAUCCCCUUGACAAACGCCAGCGACGACGCAUCUCCUACGUCAUGCAAAAUGACGUCCUCCUGAGCAACCUCACCGUCUACGAAACGCUCAAAUAUGCCGCCCUCCUCCGUCUCCCCGGUCACUAUACCCAUCAGGAAAAAAUGCAGUGCGUCGAAGACGUCAUCGACGCCCUCGGCCUACGACAUGCCACUGAAACCAUCAUCGGCAAUAACGUUCGCCGCGGCGUCUCCGGUGGCGAGAAAAAGCGCGUCAACAUUGGCGUCGAACUCAUGGCCGACCCCGCCGUCAUGAUCCUCGACGAGCCCACCUCUGGCCUGGACUCGAGCACGGCCCUUCAUCUCAUUGGCCUCCUCCGCAAGCUUGCAACCAACCAGCAACGCACCAUUGUUGCAAGUUUGCAUCAACCAUCAUCCCAGCUGUUUGCGCACAUGGACAAGUUGCUCCUUUUGGCCAAGGGCGAUGUCGCCUACUUUGGUCCUGCCAACGCCGCCACCGCCUAUUUCCGCCAGGCUAACAUGCCGUGCCCCCCCGAGUUCAAUCCUUCCGACUACUUUCUUGAUGUCUUGACCGACCCUGAACGCCGUCAACGCGCCGUCGACUUUUACAAUAGCAAGCAAUUUGUGCCUCCCAAAGCUGGCAAAGAGAUCUCCGGGCCUCGCAUCCUUGACCUUGAUGCUUCCCUCAGCGAGUCGUCCCUGGACUCUGCCCCCGCGCCAGUCACAAGUGCUUCAUUGCCCUUGCCUCUGGGUGGCGGUGAUGGUAAUGAUGAUGAAUUGGCCGGCGAUCGCUGGCCCAUCGGCUGGUGGGCUCAAACUAAAAUUCUCAUGUCCCGCUCCUUCAAGCAAAGCAAGGGUGAAUUCUGGACUUGGAUCAACUUUUGCCAGGGCGUUGUCAUUUCCGUCGUCGUGGCGGCCCUCUGGUGGCAAACCCCAGAGCGCGAGUCCCGCCUGCAGGAUCGCGUCGGGUAUUCGUUCUUCGGGCUAGUGUACUGGUCCUUUCAGAUGCUUUUCUUGGCCACCCAAGUCUUCCCGAGCGAGCGUGACGUGCUUACCAAAGAGCGUGCCUCGGGAUCAUAUCGUCUCUCGGCCUACGUCGUUGCCAAGUCGAUUAGUGAGCUGCCGUUACUUGUGGCCCUCCCCACCUUCUUCUUCGUUGUCACCUACUGGAGUGUUGGCCUCGAAGGCGGCUACCGUGCUCUCUUUGCUUGGAUGAUCCUACUUCUCUGCUCCUUUACCACGUCAAGCAUUGGUCUCUUUUUGGGUGCCAGCGUCCUCAACGGCAAGCGUGCUGCAACGGCUGCUACCGUUUUCAUGCUCACAUCCAUGCUUCUGGGCGGAUUUUACGUUCAGUACCCGCCCCCAGGCCUUGAGUGGGCCAAAUACCUCUCCCUGAUCAAAUACGGGUACCAUUCUCUUUUGGCGUUGGAGCUUGACCAGUCUGACUUGUUCUUUACAUGCGAUGUUGAAUCCUCCGCUUACGAUGCGUGCAAUGAUCCACUUACGCGCGCACAGGGCAUCCCCGCUCGCGAUGUGCUCGCCCAAUAUGACGUGGACGACCGAGUCUGGCUCAACGUGAUUGCUCUCAUCCUUUUUGCCCUCUUCUUCCGUAUUGCGGCCUAUCUAAGCCUCAAAUACCUGCUGUUCCGCCAUUCAAGCUGAAUCUGACAGCAUGUUUUCUCAUUCCGCAUCGCUUUCCUCUCCUCCUUUCUUUCUCGUCUGGAGUUUUACUUGGAGUUAUUUGGCCUGCGCGGUCCGACAGCUGUGCUGUCUCUCUCGUGCCCGUGCUUGCCUUUACUGACCUUCGUUCUUGACCCCGUUCUUCGAAUUGACCUUCCUUGUUG